GGAAGGAGGCGUGCAGCCAUCAAUAUUCUAGGGACAUGCCUACUUAAACUUAUCUUGCAUCAUGUGAAACCAGAACUGUCGCCCUGUUUGGUGAAGUGUUUUUCCACUGGCCAAUAGGAAGAUGGACAUCCUGAAACAGAUGGUAAAAGAAUAUAAGAGGAACAGCUGUGAUCUAGUGUGUUUACCACGGAAGAGAGGACUGAUUAUUGGUGUCAGGUUCUGAAGGAUUACCUACAGGAUCCAAGUUAAAUGGACAUCAGUUCCAACACAGUGGUUGUUACGGGCUUUGGUUCUUUCCGGCAGUAUCUUGUGAAUUCCAGCUGGGAAGCAGCAAAAGAGCUGCUGAAACUUGGCCUUGGUGAUGAUGUAGACAUACACAUUGUGGAACUGCCAGUGGCUUACCAUAAAGUAAAAGAGCUUGUCUGUAAAGCAUGGGGAAACCUUAAACCCAAACUUAUGAUUCACAUUGGGCUGGCCCCCACCUCAAAAGGAACCAUAAUUCUGGAGCAGUGUGGGAAAAACAAAGGCUAUAAAGACAAGGAUGUUUGUGGGUUUUGCCCAGAGGAUGGCUGCUGUAUCUCGGAGGGCCCAGAAAAAAUUGAAUCUCUAAUUAAUAUGAAGACAGUCUGGAAAAAUCUUCAGCUGGAAGGGAUUGAUGUUGUUUUUUCACGAGAUGCAGGAAGAUACCUCUGUGAUUAUACCUAUUACAUCUCUCUCUACUACGGUAAGAGAAGAGCAGCGUUCAUUCACGUGCCUCCUCUCUCCACGCAGGUAACAGCAGAAUUUAUUGGAAAAGCACUGCAGAGAAUUAUCAGAGAGAUGCUGGAUCAAUGCAAUGGGGAGAAUAUGUAAAAAUAAAUGUUAAAAAAAUGUUGCUGCGGAUGUUCAUUUUUGUCCAAACCUUUUUAAUGGAAACAUGACUGCCGCCCAUAGUGAUCCUGAAAAAGAAACACGGAUCAAGCAUCAUUUGUAUACUACACAGCUGUGCGGACACCUACAUUCGGGCUUCGAUGUUCUAAGCUGUUUUGUGCGCAUGAAGGCACAGAAUGGAACAAAGGAGCUUUACAUGUACACUCAACCCUUGCGUUCACCCUGUGCUAGAAACAGAAAUAACCCCGCCAGUGGAGGACACAACGACUCAAAUGCAUCUGCUGUAAAUGUUAAAGGCUACAGAAGUUUGGAAACAGGAGCCUAAAUAUCUAAAAAUGGCUUUUUAAACACGUUUCUGCAUUUCUGAUGAGAAAAACCUUAAGUGCUAAGAGCUUUGUUAUCAUAGAUCUUUUUUCUUACGAUAAAAAUUGGUCCAAAGGUGGGCAGGAAAAUUUGUCUUAGGCAAAUAGAAAAGGAACUCUUUAGAUUUCUCAUCCCAGCGUACCUUAGGAAUGUUCUUUGUACAGGGAAGAAAAGGACACAUAACGAGCACAAAUGCAUACAGAAUCCUUUUUAUUUAACUUAAUCAUGUAGUACUGCAACUACUAGAAAAAAGCAGAGUAAGAGAAACUAAAGCAGCCGCUUCAGCCAUUCAAAAUAGACAAAAGGUUCUUUUUUUCAUAAUGUAAAGAAUCCAGAAUAUAUCGCAACAGGAAUAAAUUCUUACAACAGAAUAUACAAAAACAUUUUUAAUUUCUUUUUCAUAAUCUACUGAUUCAUUUUAAUAUAAACACAGGAAUUUCUUUAGGAAUAAUUUAUACACAGCAAGUCUUUAUGUAAUAAAUUGGCCAUGUGAUUACUGUUUUAUUUUUUAAACUUUUUUUAAAAAAAAAAUCUGUAUUUUAAACAAGAUAACUUGGAAAAUGUUGUGUUUGCAAAUGCAUUCGGUUGGGGGAGGGGAAGGUUGUUUGGUUUUUGUUUGUUGUUAAAAUCUUCUUUUCUUUUGU